GUGCAUUUCACAGAUUUUGGACCAAUAAUAAAACUUGUAGAUUCUUACUAACAAUGAAAUAAACUCUUUCCCCACAAGAAGCACUUGUUCUUCUGCACAUAAUUUAUUUCAAGUCCCACUCAAUUUUCUACCAAAUUUUGAAGAGAAAUGGCAACCAUCACCACCUCAGUCUCGAUCACGGGUCUCGUACACAAGCCUUUGGUUGGGGUCUUGUCCUCACCAGUUCUUGCCUUGCCAGCAAUGGCGAAGAUGGGGAAAGUGAGAUGUUCAAUGGAGAAGAAGCCUUGUGCGCAGGAGAGUACUGUCUCAAAGAUGGGCAUGGGUGCAUCACUGAUUGCAGCGGCCUGCGCAGCGACCGUGUCGAGCCCGGCCAUGGCUCUGGUGGACGAGAGAAUGAGCACAGAGGGGACAGGUCUUCCCUUUGGUUUGAGCAACAAUCUUCUUGGUUGGAUCCUGUUUGGUGUGUUCGGUUUCAUAUGGGCAUUCUAUACUGUUUACACGUCUUCUCUUGACGAGGAUGAGGAGUCAGGUCUGUCCCUUUAGGACAGGUUUCUAGUUGAAGGGGAAUGUAGAAAAGGCCUAAAGAGUUUGGCCAUUGAUCCCUAUCCAUCUGUUGUAGCAAAACUACCAGCUUCUGUGUUUCCAGUUGUGUGUACGUACUUUGUUUCUUAAUUAUUCAUUUCCUC